CACAACGUAUAAACUUGUCGUGAAAAUUUCUAUAUAACAUUUAAUAUCUAUAUAUAUAUACAUAUAUACGUUUUCAUUUGUUGCUUGCAUUUUCACAACAAUGAAUGAGAAACGGAUACUUUACGUGUGUCUAAUAAUGGUUGUAUUAAUAGCGCUAUUAAUGGGAAUAUCAUGGGGACAUGAAAUUGAGAAACGUGGUAAAGGUACAAAAACAUUUUACAUAUCCAGAUAUGGACGUAGUGGCUCAAAUCAACGUAUACCAAAUGUACAACCACGAAAUGGUAAAUUCUUUAUUGGAUCACGAUAUGGUAAACGUAGUUUAACAUCAACACAAGCAUCAGAUCCUGGUGUGAAUUCAUCAUCCGAAGAAGUGGUACCUGUUAUUGAUAUUGGCAUGAAUUGUGUAUAUACUGGAUAUAUUAAUUUUUAUCGAUGCUCGGAAAGGAAAGAGACUUUUACCAACGACCUACAGAAGAGCUUGGAAGAUCCGACCGACCUCUCAUACAACAAUUAAUUUUAAAAAAUAAAAUAUGUUACAAAAAAUAAAUAAAUAUCUUGUAAGAAAAUUACUAGUAUUUUAUAUUUACGCAUAUUCAUAGAAAAAAUGUUAAUUUAAAAAGAAAAAGAUUAUUUCUUUUAAAAUAUGCUAUUUAAUAUUCACCUAAACUGUCAAUUUUCAUUUUCUCUCUCUCUAAAAAUAAAGCUUUACACGACUUGCUCCCCCCACCCAAUUUAAAUAUCCAUGUGUAGGAAAUUUUUGUAGCUAAAAAUGAGCCCUUCGUCUUGGUAUUUCAAAGUAAAUGUUUAGAGAUUUUCAGAUCAAAAACUAUUUAAUAU